GUUAGUCAAACCUCUGAAGGACACCAAGGCAGGUAAAGCAACAGGAAAGGACCCUAAGGGGGCAGGAGGAGCAGGAGGAGGAGCAGGGGAGGAGGAGAAAGCCAAGGCCAUCGGUGCGGAGGUGAUGCCGGUGGAGGCUCCACCUCAGCUCAUUGACAAGGACAACUUUUUGCUGUUUGGAACGGUAUUCGAGGCCACGAUGAUCGACAGAAAGAUCGGAGACAAACCCAUUAGCUUUGAGUUGUCUGUUGGUAACUUUGGGAACGUCCAGGAGGGCUCUCCCCAGGUCAGCGGUAGGAGGAAGGUGGAGAAGCCAGUAGCAGAGAGGGUAUGGGAUGGUCAAGAUCUCGACAGUACCCCCCUGAUUGACUCCCAGGACCCCAAACCUGGGCUCUGGCAGUCUCCAUGCCAGUCCACCACACCCCCAGAGAAACCCCUCACUGAUGGAAACAGGCAUUACAUGUACCUGCCCAUCCAACAUCAGAAGCCUUGUGUCCAUGUGAUGAGCUGCUGGGAGGAUCGGACGUACCGUCUUCACAGCUCUAACUUCCUGGAGAACAUCGCUGUCAUGUUUGAAGAAGGCGUGGCCAAGACAGAUGAACUGAACAAGUUGUCAGAUCCAGGAACAGAAGCUCUCAUGCGCCGAGUCUUUAAGGAGUUUAUCAUGGACGCCAGGAGAUUCAUAGCCUUUACAGAAGGGAAAGUGAGAAUGAACCAUCUGACCGUGUUGGAUAAGAAACGCCUGACCAUGUGUAAACAGGAGCUGGAGAGUAUGGUCGGAAAGGCAGAAACCAUCUCAGAGGGGAAAAGGAAGGUUCGCAGUGUGAAGGAGAUGUUGCAGGAGGCUCUAAAACUCACACAGAAACUGAGAUUCCUAGUGGAAGAGCCCCAGCAUACCAUCCCAGAUGUGUUUGUGUGGAUGCUGAGCAACAACAAGCGUGUGGCUUAUGCCCGCAUCUCUGCCCGUGACCUGAUCUACUCUGCCAGCCCUGAGGAGAGAGGCAAAGACUGUGGCAAGAUCCAGACUUUAUUCUUGAAGUCCCCAGGGAAGCGUGUAGCAGGCUGGUCAGUUCAGGCCAAACUGGACGUGUACCUGUGGCUGGGCAGCUGCAGAGACUCCUCUCAUGUGCUGGAUAACCUGCCUGGAGGGUUUGAGCCCAAAGGGGGCGCCACUGAGGAGCAGCUUCUACCUGCCAUCCUACCUGUACAUCUGGCAUAUAGAGACGAGCACAAGUUCCAGAUGCGCGCCCACAUGUACCAGGCUCGAGGGCUGAUAGCAGCAGACUCUACAGGACUCUCAGACCCCUUCGCCAGGGUCACCUUCCUGACACAUAGCCACACCACGGCCAUCAUCAACCAGACGUUAACCCCGACCUGGAACCAGAUGCUGUUGAUGACCCGGGUCACGCUGCAUGGAGACCUAGCUCACCUGGAGCAGGAGCCACCGUGCAUCGUCAUCGAGGUGUAUGAUGACGAUGCUCUGGGCAAGGCAGAGUACCUGGGCAGCACGGUGGCAGUGCCCGUGGUGAGGGUGUCAGAGCAGCCCUACUCUCCUCCCCAGCUCCAGUACAGUCCUCUGUUUUCUGGAUUCCAGUCUGGGGGAGAACUGCUGGGGGCCUUUGAGCUCAUACAGAUCCCAGAGUCAGGAGAAGAGUAUCUGCCUGCGCUGGACGAACCAGACGGUCAGAUCUACCCUGUACCUGGCAACAUUAGACCUGUACUGAGCAGGUAUCGAUUAGAGGUGUUGUUCUGGGGCCUGAGGGAGCUGAAGAAGGUGCAGCUCCUGUCUGUGGACCGUCCCCAGGUGUUUAUCGAGUGUGCUGGAAAAAGCAUGCGCUCCUCUGUUAUCCAGAGCUACAAGACCAACCCAAACUUCACCACGCUGGUGGAUGCCUUCGACCUGGAGCUGCCUGAGAAUGAGAACCUUCACCCUCCCCUGAACAUCAGUGUGGUGGACUGGCGAGCAUUCGGACGCUCCACCGUGGUGGGAAACUACACCAUCAACAACCUGAAGCCCUUCAAAUACACCCCUCCUCCAGCGCUGUCCGCACCAACCUCACCACGGGGACCUGACAGCAGAGAGGAUUUAGGUAUGAUGCCCCAGUCUAAUGUAGACAAUGUAAUCCCUUUGUCAUCUGAGGAUGUCUCAAUCAACAUCUACCAGGAGAUCUCUCCUACACCCCCACCACCACCUCCACCCGAACCAGACAAGAAGGAAAAGGAAUGGAGGAAGAGCUCUCGGAAGUCUACUAAGAGAAGGAAGCGUACCGUAGCAGAUGAGUCUGGGGAUAACGUCCUAGACUGGUGGUCCAAGUACUACGCCUCGGUAGACAAGAGACAGCAGGCCAAGCAGAAGGAGGUACAUCCCUUUCCAUACAUCUAUGAUAAUGUAUUUCCAUUCCAAACUUUGCUCUCCGAUGGAGUAGACUCCUUGGUCACUGGACAGCAGGAUGGAGACAAGAAAAAGAAACCAAUAUUGAAUGUCUCUCAGGAAGGUGUGUCCAAACUGGCAACUCUACAGCUCUAUGACAAGGAGUUGGAGUCUGAGUUUGGUCCGUUUGAUGACUGGGUCAACACCUUCGAGCUGUUCAGAGGGAAAGCCAAUGACGAGGUGGGGCGUUCUAAUGAGGAGAGGUUCGUUGGGAAGUUCAAGGGUCGUUUCUGCUUGUACAAGUUAACUGAGGAGGAUGAUGAGUGGGAGGAGAGUCCAAACUCAGGCCAGUUUAAGAUCACCCGAGGGAUCCCGCCCAACACCUCCGUCAAGGUUCUCAUUAGGGUUUACAUCGUAUCGGCAUCCAACCUCCACCCAGCCGAUACUGAUGGGAAGUCUGACCCCUACAUUGUUCUGAGGCUGGGGAAAACUGAGAUAAAAGACAGAGACAACUACAUCCCCAAGCAACUCAACCCAGUCUUUGGCAGGUCCUUUGAGAUCCAGGCUACGUUUCCUAAAGAUUCCCUGCUGACUACUCUGAUCUAUGACCACGACACCAUCGGGACUGACGAUCUGAUCGGGGAGACGUGCAUAGAUCUGGAGAACCGCUUCUACAGCCGACACCGGGCCACCUGCGGCCUACCCACUGAGUACAGCAUUGACGGUUAUAACGCCUGGAGAGACUCCACCAAGCCAUCUGAGCUGUUGACUACGCUGUGUAAGGAGAACAGGCUAGAUGGACCCUACUUCAGACCUGGAAAAAUCACCAUCGGGGGCAAUGUCUUUGCUGGGAAAACACUGUUUAUGGAUGAAGAGCAGACGGUGGAAUCCUACGAACAUCUGGCUCUGAAGAUCCUUCACAGAUGGACUGAGAUUCCAGGGGUGGGGUGUAGACUUGUCCCAGAGCACAUCGAGACACGGACUCUGUACAACAAGGCCAGGCCUGGCAUGGACCAGGGCCAGCUCCAGAUGUGGGUGGACAUGUUCCCCAUGGAUAUGCCCCACCCAUUACCCUCUGUAGACAUCUCCCCUCGUAAACCUAAAGGGUUUGAGUUGAGAAUCAUCAUCUGGAACACCGAAGAUGUGAUUCUGGAGGACACUAACAUCCUCACAGGAACACAGUCUAGUGACAUCUACGUCAAAGGGUGGCUUAAGGGCUUUGAGGACGAUCGGCAGGAGACUGAUGUUCACUACAACUCUCUGACUGGGGAGGGAAACUUCAACUGGCGCCUGGUGUUCCCCUUUACCUACCUGCCUGCCGAGAAGGUGGUGGUAGUCAGUAAGAGGGGCAGCAUCUUCUCCCUGGACAAGACAGAGCAGAAGCUACCGGCCAUGUUGGUGAUGCAGGUCUGGGACUUUGACAGGCUGUCGUCUGAUGAUUUCUUGGGUACAGUAGAGCUGAACUUACAUGGGUUUCCUCGCGGGGCCAAGUCAGCCAAGGCCUGCAAGAUGGACAUGCUGAUGGACAGCAUUGAGACGAUCUCCAUCUUCCAACAGAAGAGGUCCAGGGGCUGGUGGCCCUUUGUCAAGGCCGGGGAACUCACGGGGAAAGUAGAGGCGGAGUUCCACCUGGUGACAUCAGAGGAGGCAGAGAAGAAUCCGGUUGGUCGAGCCCGCAAGGAGCCUGAACCCCUGGAAAAACCCAACCGGCCAGACACGUCAUUCUCGUGGUUUGUGAACCCUUUUAAGUGCUUCUUCCACCUGAUCUGGAGGAACUAUAAGAAGUACAUCAUCAUCGCUCUGGUCCUGCUCAUCACAGCUCUGUUCAUCGCCCUGCUGCUCUACACCCUGCCAGCAGCCAUCUCACAGAAGAUAGUCAAUGGUUAACAAACUGCACUACCACAGCUGACUGACUAGCUGGCUGACUGACUGACUAGCUGGCUGACUAGCUGGCUGACUGACGAGCUGGCUGACUGACUGACUAGCUGACUGACUAGCUGGCUGACUGACUAGCUGGCUGACUAGCUGACUGACUGACUAGCUAAAUGACUAGCUAAAUGACUGACUAGCUGGCUGACUGACUAGCUGGCUGACUAGCUAAAUGACUGACUAGCUGGCUGACUGACUAGCUGACUGACUGACUAGCUGGCUGACUAGCUGGCUGACUGACUAGCUAAAUGACUAGCUAAAUGACUGACUAGCUGGCUGACUGACUAGCCGGCUGACUGGCUGACUAGCUGGCUGACUGACUGACAGGUCGGCUGACUGGCUGACUAGCAGGCUGGCUGGCUCACUAGCUGGCUGACUGACUAGCUGUCUGGCUGACGAGCUAGCUGACUGACCAGCUGACUGACAGCUGGAUCAAAAUCAACCUACAGUCACUUCGAUAAUCUAUCAAGCAGGGUCGGGACUGAAUCUAUAGAAAUAGUCAGACGACUAACUCAGGAAUUCAUAAUGAUGUUGCAAUAUCAGAAUAGCAUAUUAUAUAUUAACAUUUAUUUAAAUACAGUUGCAGAAAGAGUAUAAAUAACAUUUUAGAUUCAACAAUAUUGACAAAGUUUGCCCAAGGGGAAAAAAAAAUUCAGUACAGUACCCUCCAUGUUAUUCAGUACAGUACCCUCCAUGUUAUUCAGUACAGUACCCUCCAUGUUAAUCAGUACAGUACCCUCCAUGUUAAUCAGUACAGUACCCUCCAUGUUAUUCAGUACAG